AGCAACCGUUUAUUUCUUCUGCUAUCUAGCUAGGGCUCUAUUCCAAUUCUGACUCGGAAGUUUCCGAUGGUUGUUUGAACUAACGAGGUUUUGUCGCGCGUUGCUUUCUCUGCAUUGUAUUGUAUUCCAUGGAGGAAUCUUACACCGGCCUUUCCACUAGCCACUUGCUCGGUUCAGUUCCUGCUGUCAUAGCUGAAGAAAAUAAUACCACAAACAUAAUGCUUAUGAACAUACAUGUAGUCCCUGGUGCAAAUAUGCAAAUAUUCCCUCCUAACAAUGGAGGAGCCGGAGGACGAGGAUAUCAAACUCUUGGCAGUCCUCCUGAAGCUUUUGAACAACAACCAACAAACAACUGGAGGGGAUUCUUUAGUGUCUCAUCUUACACACAGUAUUUCGAUGUAGAUACGGAUGUUGUCCUAUCCAGAUUGAUAAGUUCCUUGAAUCCAUUUGGUGGAGACUUUUUCAGCACAAUAGAUGCUAACCCUGAUUUAUAUGGGCUUAUAUGGAUUGCAACAACAUUGGUUUUUGUACUUGCCUCAUUUGGAAAUCUUGCUACGUUCCUUAUGAAAAAACAUGCAGAUAACAGUACUUCUUGGAGCUUUGAUGUCAGCUAUUUGAAUAUGGCCGCAUGCUCCAUUUAUGGCUAUGCAAUUGUUGUCCCAGUGGCAUACUACUUCUUCCUUCAGUAUAUGGGUUCAAAUGCUAGCCUUAUAAGGUUUUGGUGUAUGUGGGGCUAUUCCCUCACCAUUUUCAUCAUCUCCUCUUUUCUGUUGAUAAUUCCAGUUGAGAUUCUUCGGUGGAUUAUAAUAAUCCUUACUGGUGUUGCCUCGGCUAGCUUUGUUGCCUUAAACCUGAGGUCUUAUAUAGAAGGAAAUGAUCUUUCAGUGGCAAUAAUUGCCGCAUUUUUCUUGCAAAUUGGUUUGGCGGUGUUCAUCAAGGUUUGGUUCUUUGCGUAGCUAAAUGCGUUGCAGUAGUGAAGAAUAAGACCUAAACACUAUCAUUGUUAGCUCACUCCGUUGGCUAACUUUGCUCAAGAAGUGAGUGGAAUUGUCAUGCUGCAGAAGGGGUUUGUGGUUUUUGGAUUUACUAGAAUGGAAUCGAGAAGAAUUGCAGAGAGAGGAGUCCAAUUUCUGUAUGAGCUCGGUCUGAGUGUCCGUAUCAUUUUGGCCUAUAGCCUUGUGCAAGACCAAUAUUUUAGAAGGGGAAGAACAAAUCAUUGACUGUAGUAACUAGUGUCUGUUCUAAAUGUUUGCAUAUUUGUGUAAAUAUACUCCGUCAACAAAACCUUUUUUUUUUAAGCGCGAAGUUGCUGUUUUGCGUGAAGUAAAGGCAACUUCCUGUACUAUAGGUGAUAUUGUAAUAUCCCUUCCUUGAUGACCCGAUUGCAUGUUGUUAUUUUUAAGUGCAGUUAGGGAUUCUUUUAA